UCUCAUUUCCGGUUGGUGUUUAUUUUGGUGUAACACGCCUGUCAUGGCUGCCGGUCCUCACGUUCUCGAACGAAACUUACCUCUUUUCCAGCAGCAGUAUUAUAAUGUUUAUUUGUCCAGAUAGAUGUGAUGUCUGAUAAACGUCAGCGUGCCAGAGUCCAGGGCUCCUGGGCCAAACCGCUACCCAGACAACCAAGACCAGCAGGUGUGGUUCCGAACACGGAGCGUUCCCAAAGUGCCAUUCCGGCUCCCGCUUCUUGGGGAGUUCGUCCGCAGGCAACCUCUGGAAAUGUUGAGUUUCACCAGCCCAUAAAGCCAGUUCGAGAAGUUCCACCUGAGAAAGUUAUCGACCAGGAAGGCGAUUAUGAGAUCAGCCAUGGACCAGCAGGAGUCUCCAGACUGCGGCUGCUGCCAGGCUUUCUUCCCGCCCAGGAAGCCGACUGGAUGUUCAGUAAGCUGCUGGCAGAGCUUCCCUGGUCCCAGAAGACCAACGUUAGACAAGGCGAGGCCUACAUGGAGCCAAGGCUGACCUGUUGGUUCGGGGAGUUGCCGUACACGUACGCCCGCUCCACCAUGGCUGCCAACACAAAGUGGCAUCCAUUGCUGGUAACCCUUCGUGAAGCAGUCACCAAGGUCAGCGGCCGCCCCUUCAACUCGCUGCUGUGCAACCUGUAUCGGGACGGCCACGACAGCAUCGGCUGGCACAGCGACGACGAGGCCUCGCUGGGCGCCAAGCCCACCAUUGCCUCGCUGAGUCUGGGCGACACCAGAGUUUUCUCCCUCCGCAAGCAGCCGCCUCCGGAGGAGAACGGUGACUACACGUAUGUGGAGCAGAUCAGGGUUCCUCUGGAUCACGGCACGCUGCUCAUAAUGGACGGAGCCACACAGGACGAUUGGCAGCAUCAGGUGGCGAAAGAGUACCAUGACCGAGGCCCGCGCAUCAACUUGACGUUCAGAAGCAUCCACCCUGAGCCAGAGGGUCACCGGCCGGGCACCAAGCUGAGGUUCACCGCCGAGCAGCAAUGAACUCUCGCCCUCCAGGUAAAAGUGACGACACAUUUCCAUUGCUCCGUCCCCGCAAGGAACCGUGAACACAACACGGGCUGUUUUAUAAACACAACAAUGGCUAAUAAAGUCUUGGAGGUGGAAUGCAAUGUCAUUUGUACCAGACUUUAUCUAAAACGAUAUUUUCAAAUAUACGAUCAAGUAUGGUCAAGUUUGUGUCAAAGUUCUGCGCGGUAAAACUAAGUGGUGAGGUUGUUAAAAAAAAAUGAACGAUAUAGUAAAUAUCUGCACAAGUUGCAUUUGUUCCAGGAUUACCAACAGCUGAGAUGUUAGCCAACCAUUGUUGUAACUGUAUACUAAAGAUGUGAUAACGUUUGUUGUUUGAUUAUAAAAUCCUUGUUUUCACUAAGCAAUAAA